AUGGCGUACGCUCAAGCGUUUUACAUGAUUAACGUGCCACCUGCUAUUGCUGGCGACACCUUUGACAUUUUUUUUUGCGGAGUGACAUUGGUGCAGCGCGACGCGAACGGAGAGAUACUUUUCUUGCAUCGAAACAUUCGUAGACUCACCAGCGAGCUCAAGCGCCGGACGGUCAGUCUUAGAACCAUUGCAGCUCUACGUGCUAAGCAAAACUUGGCGCUCGCUCGAUCUAGAGGACGCAUAAAUCUAACGAUAGAGGAGAUUAGUGAAAAGUUCAGGAACAAUGGCGCCACACUUUCACCUAUGUUGGACGCGCCCGAGGCUGAUGGUUAUCCUGACGCAAUUUAUUAG